UUGACAGUUUGUAAUCACAAGCUUCUUUGUCAAUCUCUUUCAGUUAAUGAUCAAUCACGAUUUGAACAAUUACUUUUAAGAAUGAUUGUUUCUAAUGCAAUGCCUUUUAUAUUUGUUGAGAAUGAAGAUACUAUUUCUGUAUUUGAGUUUUUAGUACCAGAAAUUAAAUUACCCAAGCACAAAGUUAUAGGUGACAAAGUAUUAAUGAAAAGCACAUAA